AUGUUCUGCAUGAAGGAUGAAGAUUAUGAAGAGAAGGCAGUGUUGGAACAAGUGUUCGGAGCAUCAUCCUCCGACAGCGAAGAGGGAUCCGAUUGGGAAGAGUGUAAGUGGGAGUCAAUCGAGGAAGUGAAGGGGCUAUGGCUGUGCACGCGCUUCCUCUCUCCUCGCCAACAAACACGCUUGCUCUCAGCCAUCCAAGCAGAAAACUGGUUCUCCCAACCCUCCAUCAACCAGGCCAUGCGCUUCGGCCUUCAACAUCUUCCCCCUUGGGCCAUCCGUUUGGCCCAUUCCAUUCACCGUUCCGUUCUCGCUACCCAAGCCCAACCCUUUCCCCUACACCUACUGCAGAGAGAACCGCUCUUUGAUCAAAUGAUCGCCAACGUGUACCAGCCCGGCGAAGGCAUAUGCGCCCACGUUGACCUCUUGCGCUUCGACGACGGCAUCGCCAUCGUCUCCUUGGAAUCUUCCUGCGUCAUGCAUUUCACUCCCCAUUCCGAAAGCCAACACCGUUCCGUUUCGGUUCCCGUUUUGCUCACCCCAGGCUCCUUGGUUCUCAUGUCAGGGGAAGCUAGAUAUCGUUGGAAGCACGAGAUUAAUCGAAAACCGGGGUUUCAGUUAUGGCAGGGACAACCAUUGACUCAAACCAGACGCACCUCUAUUACCCUCAGGAAACUACUCUCCUCCUCCGACACCUGAUUCCGUAUUCAACCUUUCUAUUUCGAUCUCAAUUUCAAUGUUUAUUAUUCAGCAUUCAAAACAAAUUUUACAAUCAUAAAAAUAGCAAGUAUUUUAAAUAUCUAUCCUAUUCGGUGUUUUUCGAUUUGGUACCGAAGGCGAUGAAAUUGACGCUGAUAUCGUCUGAUAAAGACCAUCGUCCUGUCACCGGGUUAUACACAAAUCCUGCCAUCUCCUCCACCUGUGCGAUGCAACCGAAAAUGUCAUUAAGAUAACCGCAAGUGAUGAAUGUGUAACAAAUCAAAUCGAGGAGGCUUACAUUGAUUCCGGCACGUUGUAGGAUGAGAACUAGUUCCUCUGGGGUAAGAAAAGUGGACCACUGAUGUGUACCUCUCGGAAGCUGCAAAAUUUUAAAUAGAAUGCUUCAGUGUUGAAAUGCAAAUUGUAGAGUACAAAUCAAUUGUAAUACCUUCCCUGUACGCUUUCUAUCAAUAUUUUAUCAACACGUUACUGACUGAUUAUGUCAAUU